AUGGAAAAAAAUCUCAUUGAAGAGCAUAAUAAGGAACUUGAUGAGGCCAUCAAGCAUGGUAAGGCUGUGGUUGCAAAUACUCAGUCCCUCAUUGAGUCUAUGGGAAGAAUGAAAAAUUUCAAUGAGAGAAGACUAGCUACUCUAAAGGUUAAGGCUACGCCCUACACUCCUACCUUAGAGAAGCCUAAGAGAGUUAAGCACACUGCUGGAGGGCAUAGAGACACAUGUAAAGGCGAUGACAGCAAUGACGGCGAUAAUAAAGAUGACAAUAGCAACGAUGACGAUGAAAUAUGCAAUAGCUUCGGAGACAACAACAACAGCAACAGCAAUGGCGACGACAAUAACGACAGUAAUGGCGACAAUGAUGGCUACAACAACGACGAUGGCGAUGACGAUAGCAACAAUAACGGCGACAAUGACAACAACACGAUAUCCCAACGGUAA